AUGGCGAUGAUGAUGACUGGCCGUGUGCUGCUGGUGUGUGCCCUCUGCGUGCUGUGGUGCGGUGCCGGCGAUGUUUAUGCGGGGGACCUCGACAACAGGGCACUGGGUGGCUGCAUGGCGUCGGGAGUGUUGGGUAUGAAUGCAUCGUAUGUGCCGAACGGAUGUAAUGAAUACAUGCCGACGCCGCCUUUGCGGUCAGCAUUGCCUAUCCCUGCCAUACAAGCCGAAGAUGGGCAGGUAAGGGAUACUGCUCCAGGAUCUGGUUCUGGAGUUGGAGAAGGCGGAGGUUCUCCUGGUGCUCUUUCUCCUGCUGGUGCAGCAGCUUCUCCUGGUGGUUCUUCUGGACGGGAAUCUGAUUCUCCGGCCUCUUCUUCUGGAUAUCUUUCUUCUCAGAGUGAUGGCGCGGUGAUGAAAAGCAGUGAUUUAUCCACUACGCAUAGUGGACCCCAACAAGAGGUGCUGCAACAAGAAGCAACAGAGACUCAUGACCCCUCGCUGUCCAAAGGAUUGACACAGGAGGCACUCCCCGAUGUACAGCAGUCACAAAUCUCUACUUCUGAAAAUAUUAAAACGGGUUGCGGAGAAGAGGCAUCGAAUUGCGAAGAUGAACAAUCGGUGGAAAAGGCAACAUUGGGAAAAAAGGAUUUGACGGUAGCCAAAGCACAAAAACCUCCAGCGACACAGAAUACGAAAUCAAAAGACAAUGAGGAGAAACCAGCGGAAGCAUCAAGUACGGAAUCUCAGAAUACGGAACCCCAACAAGAAAUAAAAACGCCAGUGGAUGAGAGUGACAGUACGAGCACCGAUGCAUUCACAGCGGUUGCCACACGGAGUACAUCAGCCGGCAGUCAAGAAGAAGCAACUGCGUCAUCUUCCAAUGGCAGUCAUUCUCCACUUCAGGGGGAAGUAUUCACUGGAACGGACACUCCCGAGAAUGCUCCAUCUCCGGCUGCCGCAGAAACAGAAAAACGCCAAGGAGAAAAUGUGACGAAAGAUGGCGACAGCGACGGCAGCCCCGCGGUCUCCCACACCACCUCCCCUCUUUUGCUUGUUUUUGCGUGUGCGGCUGCUGCUGCUGUGGUGGCCGCGUGA